UUGGUAUCUGGAUAAAACUCCUCGGUUAAGGCCGUCAUAUCUCCAAUCGCCGGCUUCACUCCUUUCGCGCUCGUCUGCUCAGCAUGGGUUCAAUGGAAGCGCGAACGACAUCAGAGAACGGCUCAGCCCCAAAAGGCAACGAAAACCAACAACAGCCCGAAGAUGGCUCACAGGACCGAGUUCUUGCCGGAAACCCUCCUGAAAAUGACGCAUCGGGGAAGAGAAAGGCGGGAGUGCUCCCUCUCGAGGUUGGGACGCGAGUCAUGUGCCGUUGGAGGGACGGAAAAUUCCACCCUGUCAAGGUCAUUGAACGACGCAAGAUUCCCUGCGGUGUCCCCAGCGAUUACGAGUAUUACGUCCACUAUACCGAAUAUAAUAGGAGACUUGAUGAAUGGGUGAAGCUUGAACAACUCGAUCUUGAUUCAGUAGAGACUGAUGUUGAUGAGAAGGUGGAGGACAAGGCAACAAGCUUGAAAAUGACGCGCCACCAGAAACGAAAGAUUGAUGAGACACAUGUAGAGGGCCAUGAGGAGCUUGAUGCUGCGAGUUUACGUGAACAUGAAGAGUUUACUAAAGUAAAAAAUAUAGCAACUAUAGAACUUGGAAGAUAUGAGAUUGAGACGUGGUAUUUUUCCCCUUUUCCUCCAGAAUAUAAUGACUGUUCAAAACUGUUUUUUUGUGAGUUUUGCCUCAAUUUCAUGAAGCGCAAAGAACAACUCCAGCGGCAUAUGAGGAAGUGUGAUCUCAAACAUCCCCCAGGUGAUGAGAUCUACCGCAAUGGCACACUGUCAAUGUUUGAGGUUGAUGGCAAAAAGAACAAAGUUUAUGGUCAGAAUCUUUGUUACUUGGCAAAGUUGUUCCUUGAUCACAAGACACUUUAUUAUGAUGUUGAUCUGUUUCUAUUUUACGUUCUAUGUGAAUGUGAUGAUCGAGGAUGUCAUAUGGUUGGAUAUUUUUCUAAGGAAAAGCAUUCAGAAGAAUCAUAUAAUUUGGCCUGCAUCCUUACUCUGCCCCCUUAUCAAAGGAAAGGCUAUGGAAAAUUUCUAAUUGCUUUCUCAUAUGAACUUUCUAAGAAAGAAGGCAAAGUAGGGACACCCGAAAGGCCACUUUCUGACCUUGGACUAGUGAGCUACAGAGGGUACUGGACCAGGGUCCUUCUGGACAUCUUGAAAAAGCACAAGGGCAACAUUUCCAUCAAGGAGCUGAGUGACAUGACAGCCAUAAAGGCAGAAGAUAUCUUGACCACCCUGCAGGGACUCGAUCUGAUCCAGUAUAGGAAAGGGCAGCAUGUCAUCUGUGCAGACCCUAAGGUUCUGGAUCGUCAUCUGAAGGCUGCUGGCCGUGGGGGACUUGAGGUUGAUGUGAGCAAGUUAAUUUGGACUCCUUACAAGGAACAAGGUUGAUGAUGUUAGCAAAUUCGUCUUGAAGACUCACCUUGUUAUGAAGACCUAUGGUCACCUGCCUAUACUCUGUACAAAUGUGUAUUGUAUAUUCGUAUUAUAACUUAGAACUGAUUUCUUGGCUGUUGUCUCUCUGAUUUCUAUAGUUUAACAGUUGCAUCGAUGUGUUCUACUAACAUAUAUGGUUGAUGUAGCUAUUCUAACAUAAGCAAACCUAGAUGUUACUUAUAGGCUAACUAAAAUAUGUUGCAUUUUUCUGAUUU